AUGGGCGAAUCCCACCAGCAGCCCCUUCCCCCCCAAAUCUCCUGCCCCCAAGCCCUCGUCCUCACACCCCAACCUCCACACUGUUGUGAUAUGUCUGGGAAGAAAGGAAUGCGGAGAUGGCCGCUGGACGUCCACGCUGGAGUGUUCAAUAGUAGCUUUCGAUAUGACACCCUCACCCAUCCACCUGGGACGCCUGUGAUCCAGCCCCCUACCUCCUUGGCUACCACUACUCCCUCCACCACAGCAGAGCCUCCUACCGCUACCACUACUCUCCCCUCCACAUCUCUCUCUGCAAAGAUCUGGAAGCACCUCGACACGACUCUUGCUCUUGCUCUCGUGGCCUCCCUCUCUGAAUCUAUCGUCCUCGAUUAUCCCUCUCGCGCCGCCCGCACCCUCUGGCUCAAGCUGGAGGUCGAUUGCGGUACUCGAUCAUCCUACGGUCUGUGGCAGUCUGUCCAGGCUCUCACCCCCCAGUCCCAGGCCUCUACUCCGGUGACAGAGUUCAUGACGUCCCGCAAGCAGAAGUUCGAGGCGAUAAAGUCUGCCGGGUACAAUUUCGACCGCGUCCCCCAAUCCGUCAUACCUUUUCCAGGAGUCAGUAUCUCCCCUGCCGCGUCCACGACGAGUCAUCACCACUCUGGACCGACGAGCACCAUCCAUGAGCAGUAUCAGCUCCCGUCUUCUCUUGGUGUCGACCCUUCCAUACCAGCCUUCUUCCCUCCAUCUGCCUUUGCCCCUUCUGCCUCAGGCGCAGCGCAGUACGCAUCUGGGUGGCUGACACCUCAGCAGGGUUCGAACGCCCUGCCCGGCUACAAGCCGCCUUUGCCACCGACGCGUGGGUCGAUGUCUGAUGCAGACGUCGAGAGGGCAAAUACGGAACUUGGGUACUAG